AUGGAAGAACGCAGGAAGCUAUAUAAAAAGUAUCCAUCAAUGCGAAAGCUGGAGGAGCUUGGAGACGCAUACGUUGAAUGGAAUGAUGGUCGCGAAGCUGUUCUUCUACGCUGGCUUUACGACCACCCAAACUUCCCGAAUAUGCGCAACAAUCCCCAUGUAAUCUGCGAGGCCAUGGACGAAUUUGCUGCUCAGCGAGACUUCCUGAUCAACAUUGGCCCAGACAAAGCAGAAAAGAUCGCUACUCUUAUUACUGAGACAAAGCCCAGCGUCUUUGUUGAGUUGGGUGGUUACGUUGGUUACUCAGCACUAUUCUUGGGAAAUGCGUUGAAAAACGCGCAUAAUGACAACCAAGACGCCAAGAAUAAGGCCGUCUACUGGAGUCUCGAAGCCGAUCCGGUUUUUGCAGGUAUCGCAAUGAAUCUUGUCGAUCUAGCAGGACUAUCAGAUGUCGUAAAAGUGAUCACGGGAAAGGCUGCCAAUUCGCUUACUCGACUGAAGGAAGAAGGAAAACUAGAAAGCGUGGAUAUGCUGUUUCUGGAUCACGUCGAAGAACUGUAUGUCACGGAUCUCCAGGUUGUUGAAUCGCUAGGAUUGCUUAAGAAGGGAAGCCAUAUUGUGGCAGAUAAUGUCCUUCGCCCUGGUGCACCUGAGUACAAACAGUAUGUCAAGGGGCAUAAGUCCAUGGAGACCCGAGCUAUCAUCGGUCUGAUCAUUCCUGGAGAGUUCGAGGACGAGAUUGAAGUGACAGAAUACAAGGGUUAG